AUACCUAGGAAAAAAAAAUGAAAAAACGAAAAAAAAAUGGAGUAACCAUAAGUAAUUCGAAUUUUGAAUGUUAAGAUCAGUAAUAAAUAUAAGCAUGACGCGAGUUGGCGCCUUAAGAUUUCCCUCCUCUCCCUCAAAUCAACCAUCCCGAAAAUUAGGGUUCUUUUGAUUCGCAUUUCAAUUCGAUCCGAAUCACAAUGAGUAGAAGAUUCAAAUCCAGUUGUACCAGUUCCGAAGAUCCACGUAAGAUCCGACCGGCCAGAAAUCAGGGCUCGGACAACAAAUUGGAUACGAGCAAGUUAAAAAGAGUGAGGUUUGCGGAUCCUGAGAUGGAUAUGCUUCCUAGCGAUGCACAAGGCGUUUCUUUAAGAAAAUAUGAAGUGAGCCAAUCGACAAAAUCUGAUGCCCCCAAAACUUCAGAGUAUGCAUAUUUUAAGAAAGUAAAGAAUAGUGCUGGUUGUGGUCAUUCCGGUGCAACACAUAGGGAGGACAAACGGUUGGAAGAUUCCAAGUUUAAUGACUGCAGUGGAGUAGAGACUUCAAAUGCUUCUGCCACAAUUAACCCCAGAAACAAGGACUUCAGAUUCACGUUCCCUGAAGGAAUGCCAGGGCCCACUGACCAGCACACAUUCCUCUCACCUCGUGUUGGAGAAUGUAAGAAACUUAACCAGUUGAGAGGCAAAGAUAUACCCAACAAUGUUAAACCUCUUGAUCAAAAUUUAUUCUUUUCACCCAUUGAAGGGACAUCAGAGAACUCAGCUUCAGGGAGCCAAUGCACUGAGAAAGGAAUCUUUUCUGCAAAAAGACAGAGGUUACUUCAGUGUGUUGCUGAUGCCUCAUUUUGUGGCAUUGAGAAACUCCACUCUAAGGGGUUCAAUUUGGUUUCCUUGCUCUUAAGCCGCCUGUUCUUUAAGGACAUUGAAAAUGAUGAUUCAAGGCCCUCCAAAGUCGAUAUGGAUAACAAUUGUAAAGCUCCGACAUUUUGGGAGUCAGAUGAUCUGGAGAAGGGACUCCAUUUGGCUCAUACCGAAGACUGGGAUAAGGAUAUCCCGAAUAACUAUUCUGGCAGAUCAGGAGAGGCUGUUCUCUCAAAAUGGAAUCCCUCUGUCUCUGACUUUCCUCCAUCCCACUAUGAUACAGCAACUCAUUUUGGAGAUGAAUUAGUGAAUCUUGAUUGCAGUUCAAAGAGUGAUAUGAUUAGAAAUUUAUACACACAGCAUAAAUCUUUUUUCUGUUUACCAUUUGAAAGAUCUGGAUAUGCUGGUUCAUGUCAUCUUGAAGAACCUGAUGAACUCUGUUGUCCAAUUGAAUACUCAAGAAGUGAACCGCCUAGGCUUUUGCUAGGUUGGGACUUCGAAAGGGAGGAAGAUAAAGUUGAUUCAUCCAUUAUCAUUCACGACAUCUCGAAGAAUUUGUGUCCUGGAUGGGAUUCGUGGAAUGUUGAUCACCCAAAGGGUAUGGAUAAUACAGUUGAUGCCACAGCACUGUGUCCAUCAUCCUUACGUUCAACAUAUUAUCUAGACUUCCAGUCACUGCCGAAUUAUUAUUCAACCAGACCAGCAACUUCAUGGAAUGUGGAUCACCAGAAUGAUAUGGAUAAUGUUCUUGAUGCCAAACCAUUGUGUUUAUCAUCAUCAUGUUCAAAAUACUCUCUCGAUUUCGACUCGCUGCCAAAUUAUUAUUCAAACAGCUUUAGAAGUCAGGAUUUUGGACCAUUUAUAAAAAAUGAGUGUGCGUUGGCUGAAACAGAACGGUUUCCUUUAGCUUUACCAUGUACUCCAAUAUAUAAUGAGGCGGAGGAUUGCGGUACAAAAAAUGCACUUGAAAUUAGCAAUCUUCUCUUCUCUCGUCGAUAUCCCCCUUUGCUUACCAACAAGGUUUCAUUCGAUAGGCAUCAACAGGAUUUUGAACUCCUUGUGUUGCCUAGCUGCCUGUAUACUGAUUUCAAGUGGAAGUGCUUACCAACUACAGAUUCCUUUGCAGAGGACCAUCCAUCCAUUUUUCAUCCAUGGCAGUCUCCUCAUAUAGACAGCAGUUCAUAUUCUUCUGCACAAAUGGAGGAAGAUCCCGGAGAAACUUUCACUCCUUAUCGUGAAGGUGCGUAUAACACUCAUUCUGGAUCCUCUAAUUUUCAUUAUUUCCUCGACAAAUUAAUGGACUGCCCUUUGCUAUUAGAUAGUGCAAGCCACGAUAGAUCUGAAGCAAGAAAUAUAUUUUGAUGACAAUGAAUUGAAAUAUGGUUGAAUAUUUUACUUGCAUAUAAACAAAACUGUGUGUUCUCGUUGGAAUUUGCCUUCAAUGGAUUUGCAUUGCGAUUUA